UUCUUUGUUUAUUUUCAGGCAUCUGGAGUUACAGUGAAUGAUGAAGUCAUCAAAGUUUUUAAUGAUAUGAAAGUAAGAAAAUCUUCUACACAAGAGGAGAUCAAAAAGAGAAAGAAAGCGGUUCUCUUCUGUUUAAGUGAUGACAAAAGACAAAUAAUUGUAGAGGAAGCAAAGCAGAUCUUGGUGGGUGACAUUGGUGAUACAGUAGAGGACCCGUACACAUCUUUUGUGAAGUUGCUACCUCUGAAUGAUUGCCGAUAUGCUUUGUACGAUGCCACAUACGAAACAAAAGAGUCUAAGAAAGAAGACCUAGUAUUUAUAUUCUGGGCUCCUGAAAGUGCACCAUUAAAAAGCAAGAUGAUCUAUGCUAGUUCCAAAGAUGCCAUUAAAAAGAAAUUUACAGGUAUUAAACAUGAGUGGCAAGUAAAUGGCUUGGAUGAUAUUAAGGACCGCUCGACACUUGGAGAGAAAUUGGGAGGCAAUGUCGUAGUUUCACUUGAAGGAAAACCAUUAUAAAGUAAUAGUCAAGUGCCAUCUGGAUCUUAACAGGCUUACAGUUUCUGCAGCUCAGUCGUCCAUUGGAAUAGUAUUAGGUUUUGUGUUUUUUGUUUGUUUGGUUAUUCCCUUCCACUGGGCCCUUCCAACACAAUGAAUGAAGGAGUUAUCAUUCAUUUAAGAAGCCUGUCAGUUAUUGCCAUUAAUACUGUUUAAUAUGGUUACUUUUACGUAGAACCCAAGGAAUGCCUUCCCUUCUUAUUUUAGCCAAAACAACUGGUUACAUGCCUUCCUUGCAGCAAGCACCACCAUGGAUGGGAUUGUUAAUGUGAAUAGCUAGAGUAUCGCAGAGGGUAAGCUGAUUGAAUGCCUUGAAAGGAUUACCCACUGGUCAGUUGGUAAACAUUUUUCAGUAUUAUUUAUAGUUGCACUUCAUUGCAGUUCUGUGGGGCGCUGGAGCAUUCAUACACCUCACCUGCCUUGGCAAGCCUAUUUUUGUGACAUGGCAGCACAGAUUUAACACUAUGCGUUAAAAAGCACUUUUUUUUUGUAAUGAGUUUAAUCCCUUAAAAGGAAUGCCAAUUAAGUUUCAUUAACUGUCAUCAAUUUAUCCUAGUACCUCAGUGUUCAUUCCUGUUACCUGCAUAUCCUAAAUAGCUGUAUUGAUGCCUUUUGUUUUCAUUGAGUGUACACUACUGAAUAAAUGUAGGAGUUUUAUGUUUACCAUGAGUCUUGAAACACUAAAAGAUAUUUUGACUAUCAGUCAUGAUGGCAGUUUCUGUAUAAAAGAGCCUUAAAUGGAACGUUGUUUUGAGAUGGCCACGUUACAAUAAAAACUGUGGCGAGUUACAGAA